AGGGCCUAAACCAAAAAGAUGUUUAUCUUGACAAUUAGCCCAACCUAACUUUCAUCUCUAUAUCCUUCUUCCAUUCCAACACCAAAUCCCCCAAACACUGAAGUCUCCAAAAUUUGGUUCAUAUGGCUUUGAUUUUUGCCAUUAUUUCUACAUUAGCUCUUCUUGCUCUCACUCUUCUCUUCAAAUUCUACCCCUUCAAAGCCCAAAAAUUGCCUCCUGGUCCUAUAGGAUUUCCCUUUGUUGGUAGUCUCCAUUUAUUAGGAAAGCUCCCUCAUAGAGAUUUUCAUAUAUUAUCCCAAAAAUAUGGACCCAUUAUGCACAUAAAAUUAGGUCUUGUUCCCACAAUCAUAGUCUCUUCUCCUAAAGCUGCUGAACUCUUCCUCAAAACUCAUGACCUUGUUUUUGCAAGCAGGCCCCUUUUAGAAGCCUCAAAGCAAAUGAAUUAUGGGCAAAAGAACUUAGUUUUUGCCCCAUAUGGUCCUUAUUGGCGCAACAUGCGUAAAAUGUGCACUCUUGAAUUGCUUAGUAACCUUAAAAUCAACUCUUUCAUGCCUAUGAGAAAACACGAGCUUGGUUUGUUGAUUGAGUACUUAAAAGAAGUUGCUCACAACAAAGCUGUUGUGAAUCUGAGUGCUAAAGUUACGUCACUUACAACUGACCUUAUUUGUUUGAUGGCAUUUGGGAAGAAAUAUGGAGAUGAAGAGAUUGAUGAAAGGGGUUUUAAAGCUACGAUACAAGAAGGUUCACAAUUAGCUGCUACUCCUAAUUUGGGGGAUUUUUUUCCUUUUAUUGCAAGGUUUGAUGUUCAAAGAUUGAAUAAUCGAAUGCAAUGUGUUCAUAAAGUGUUGGAUGGGUUUCUUGAGAGGAUUGUUAACGAACAUCUUGAGGCUAAGGGUGACAAGAAGACUAAAGAUCUUGUGGAUGUUAUGUUGGAGCUUAUGAAUUUCCAAGAAGAAACUGAUUAUCAGAUUGAUCGCUCUGCUAUUAAAGCUAUAAUGCUGGAUAUGCUAAGUGCAGGAAUGGAUACAUCAGCAACUGUGAUAGGAUGGGCAAUGUCAGAGCUAAUUAAACAUCCACAUAUAAUGAAGAAACUACAAGAGGAAUUAGAAAAUGAAAUUGGUUUGGAUAAGAUUGUGGAAGAAUCAGAUUUAGAAAGAUUAGAGUAUUUGAAAAUGGUGGUUAAAGAAAUUUUCAGACUAUAUCCACCAGCCCCAUUAUUAUUACCCCACGAAUCACUUCAAGACUGUAUUGUUGAUGGCUUUCAUAUACCUAAGAAAUCACGUAUAAUAAUCAAUGUAUGGGCCAUUGGAAGAGACCGAAAUUCGUGGAUUGAUCCUCAUAAGUUUGAUCCUGAAAGGUUCAUAGAUAGUCAAGUGGAUGUGAAAGGAAGAGAUUUCCAAUUGAUUCCGUUUGGAUCUGGUCGAAGAGGCUGUCCUGGAAUGCAAUUAGGCUUAACUUUGGUUCAAUUUGUGUUGGCUCAACUUGUACAUUGUUUUGAUUGGAUGCUUUCAAAUGGUAUGCCAGCUUCUCAAUUGGAUAUGACUGAAGAAUUCGGUUUAACUUGUCCUAGACUUCAUGACCUUAUAGUCAUUCCAAGAUACCGUCUUCGAAUUUAAUAUGCUUUUUUCAAUAAUGAUAGCUUUUAACUUUUAAAGUUGUGUAUGUUCCAA